AUGGCGCCGGGACCCCUGGCUGCGCAGCAGCGCGCACCAGGGAGCUCUGAGGUGCCGCCGCCUCACAGCGCGGGCCGCGCAGAUCCCUCGUUCCGCGUACCGCAUCCCCCUGACGCCGGCGCGCUCGGCCGUUUUUCCGGCGCGUACCCCCAGCGCGGCGGUGGCGUGUACACGCGACUGCCGCGGAGACCGUCGCGGGGUGAGGGCUCUGCGUUCUUGGAACCUUUUCUCGGCUCGCGGGAGGACAGCACGGAGUUUUCUUGCUCGCCCCCGCCGGGGCGGUAUCCGCCGCCGUCUCGCUCGCCGCGAGAAGCCCUGCCGGCAAACGCGGCGGAGAGCCUCGCCCGCGCGAAGCGUCAGCUCCGCCGCACCCUCGCCACAGCGGAGGGAGAAGAGCGACGGCUGGUUCAGGUCUUUUGCGGCGCGUGCGCGACCACUCUCGGGCUCGUUCUCUUCGCGCUGCUCUUCCAGUACGAUGCCAUGUUCGUCAUCGACGGCCGCGACGUCUUUACGCAGGAACACCACACCGUGACCUUCUUUCACACCAAGCUUUGGCGUCGGCAAGCCCUAGUUGAAGACGCGCAGUGGACACGCAUCUCCGCUCCCUCUUCGCGCGCUCUGUCGCCUCCCGCCUCCGCGGCGGGCCGCCUGCUGUCUUCCAGCGAUUGGCCUCGCCUGCCUGCGGUGCCGCCGGGUGUGCUGUCUGCAGUCGAGGUUGGUUCUGCCUCCUUCGCCUCCUCACUUGCGGCCGCUCUCUCGUCGCAGCCUCAGCAGCCUCUAGGCGCUUCACAUGCCGCGUCCCCUGCGUCUCAGUCUCCUGUCUCCGUUGCCUCCGCGGCUGCGUCUUCUUCUGCCGCAGCCGACUUCUCUUCUCGUUCGCCGCCCCUGGCGGCCGCGCCUUUCCGCGACCACGCGAAGCGUGAAUCGGGAGGGCAGCGGGCCUUCCCCAAGGCUCCGCAGCCCGAGCACGAAGCCAAACCUGCCUCGAAUUUCCUCCAAGGGAGGAAGCAGGCCGACAAGAGAGAGAGCCGCCCCGGGCUCUUGCGCAAGGUAGGCGCAGACGGCGUAGUCACGGACGAGCCGAUUCUGUCCUCGGGCUUCUCAGCCGCCGUUGGAGAGUCGCCGAUCUCCAGCGAGGGUGGCAGCGCCCGCGGUGGCAGCACAGAAGAAGCAGGCAGAUCUUCAGGAGGCGAGUCGCUCUCGCUGCCUGUUCCUUCCCCCUCACUUGGGCCUUCGGCAACUGACCCGGCGCCGGACAAAGAGGCGGCGCACCACCAGUCGUCCUCUUUCUCCUCCUCUCCGACAUCUUCACUCUCCAAGCUGGACUUGGAGCACCAGCGCGAGAUCCAAGAAGGAAGCGUCAGUCUCCUGCUCUCCUCGUACCACGCGUGCAAGGCAUUCACAUGCGACGACGGCCGGUUGGCGUCCUUCUUCUCUUUCUCGUGCUUCUCGUCCUUCCUCGUCUCGCCGUGCUUCAUCGUCGGGGGCACUGCGUACGUUACUGUGAGCGCGUACCUCUGCUGCCUGGUGUGCGGCAGUUGCGCCAUGUGCGGCUUCCUGUUCCUCUUUGCGGUCUACCGCUCUCCCGAGGAAGUGGAAGACCGGGAGACGCGCAAGGCCUCGCGCGAGACUGGCGGGCGCUCCUGUCCCGCGGACCGAAAACUUGGGAUGACCCGCGACGCCUGCUCUGGCGACCAGUCGCGCGGAGCUGAGCCCUUCUCGGCGUCCUCGCGGUGUCUGCGGCCGCCGCCCCCGACCGCCCCGUGCCAGCCUCGAGGACAGACGAUGCAGGGAGACGGCGAGUGCGCCUACGCCGCUCCGCAGAGCGCGCCGCCCCUCCAGGCGCUUGCGCCACUCAGCUGUCCAUCUCCUUCCUUCUCCGCUCCUCCGGCCUUCGCCCUGCACGCUGCCGUGAUGAUGCCGGCGCACGCAGGAGGGCGGCCUGCCGCAUCGGAGCUCGGGACGGAACGUGAGCACGAGCUGUCGCGCGCGUUCGCGACAAGGGAAGUGAAACCUUCAUUUUGCUCGAGUGGGGGGGGCUGGAAGGGAAGAACUCGCAGCGGGAGAGGUGGUGAAGCUGCUGCACUUAACGGAGGAGAGCGGGGCGGCGAGGACAGACAGCUGACGCUCUGGAUUGUCCGGGCGCGGACAGUCGCCACCAUGGGCCUCCUGAAUGCAUGCAAUCUCUCGAGCAUGAUUGUUUUCGAGUAUUGCAUGCUCAGAAACAUCAUUCGAGACAGCGGGACGAACGCGCAGUAUAGGGAUGGACUGAACGACCUCCUGAAUGCCCAAAAGGCGCCGCGACAGAACUUCACGGACUUCAGCGUCUCUCUCGGCCCAGCGUCGUACUUGCUCCUCGCCCUGGUGCCUCUGCUCUUCCUGCAGCGGUUCUGUCUCUCUGGCCUCAGAGAAGCUCACCGGAGAUUUGCACGCGCGCGCUUUGCCUUUCAAACGUUUUUGAGCGGGACCUGA